GUUUGGAGAAAGAGAGAUAAGGAGGAGAGAAAAGGCUCGUUUUAAGUUUUUCGUUUUAUAGUUUUAAGAACUUUUAACAAAAAUUCAAAAUCUCAAAAAAUUAAAUACAAAAACAGUCCUCUUCGCGCGCAGUUGUUAAGCCUCACUGGAGCCAGCCAUGGUGGCUCAGGUAGUAGAGACCACCGUCGCUGCCGCCGACGAUAGCGGAGGAAUUGGAGGAAUUAGAGGUUCUCCUAUCGCCGUUGAUGAAUCUCAGGAGGAGCAGUUAGAGAAAACGAAGACGCUGAUUUGCGCUCUCAAUUUCCUCUCACGCAAUCUCCCAAUACCUCCUGACGUCUUCGAUGCCGUCUCUUCAAUUUACCACGGCGGCGCUGAUGAUAUAGAUGUCGGUGACGAUGAUGCCUCUGCCGCUGCUGACGUGGACAGCCGCGACAGUGUGUCUAUGCGAAAUGGUUCAGGUAUGGGAAGUUACGGAGACCUGAUGGCAGAUUUUGAGGAUUCGUUGUUGAGGCAACGGUCAAGUUGUACAUCAGGUUCUGGUUUGACAAAGUUAAAGGAAGAUCGUUUUCAAAGCCAUAUCCAGCAUCGCCUAACUGAACUUGAAGACUUGCCAACCAACAGAGGCGAGGACUUGCAAUCGAAGUGCUUGCUGGAGCUUUAUGAACUAAAGUUAGCAGAUUUACAAUGCAAAGUUCGGUCUGAACUGAGUUCUGAAUACUGGCUUCGCCUGCAUUGCGCUAAUCCUGACAAGCAAUUGUUUGACUGGGGGAUGACGCGAUUGCGACGCCCUUUAUAUGGUAUAGGAGAUGCCUUUGCUGUGGAAUCUGAUGAUCCUUUGAGGAAGAAGCGUGAUGCGCAGAGGUUGUCAAGAUUAGAAGAAGAGGAGAGAAACCGUGUGGAAACUACAAAAAGAAAGUUCUUUGCGGAUGUACUCAACGCAGCACGUGAACUCCAAUUACAAGUACAGGCUGUUCAGAAACGGCGGAAACAAAGGAACGAUGGUGUUCAGGCUUGGCAUGGAAGGCAAAGGCAACGGGCUACUCGUGCUGAGAAACUGAGGUUACAAGCUCUGAAAGCUGAUGAUCAAGAAGCUUACAUGAAGAUGGUGGAAGAAAGCAAGAAUGAAAGAUUAACAAUGCUUCUAGGGAAAACAAAUGAGCUCCUUGGUCGUCUGGGAGCUGCUGUUCAACGGCAAAAAGAUGCUGACCAUGAUGGUAUUGAACCUAUGGAAGGCUCAGAUGCUGAAAUGGCCCCUUCUAAGACUGGAACUCCUGGGCAGUCGCUUCCUGAGGAAGAAAAGGAUGUUCUUGAUAAUGAGCCCACCCGUGAUGUAAAGACUAGUGACUUACUUGAAGGUCAGAGAAAGUACAAUUCAGCUGUACAUUCAAUCCAGGAGAAGGUUACGGAGCAACCAGCUAUGCUUCAGGGUGGAGAAUUAAGACCAUACCAGCUGGAGGGGCUCCAGUGGAUGUUGUCUUUGUUUAAUAACAAUUUAAAUGGAAUUUUAGCGGAUGAAAUGGGACUCGGCAAAACUAUCCAGACAAUUUCUUUAAUUGCUUAUCUUAUUGAAAACAAGGGUGUAACUGGUCCCUACUUGAUUGUGGCUCCAAAAGCUGUACUACCUAAUUGGAUUACUGAAUUCUCUACAUGGGCUCCCAGCAUUGAUGCUGUUCUUUAUGAUGGUCGUCUGGAAGAAAGGAAGGCACUGAGGGAGGAGUUAACAGGAGAGGGGAGGUUCAGUGUGCUGAUCACGCAUUAUGAUCUUAUUAUGAGAGACAAAGCAUUUCUGAAAAAAAUUCAUUGGCACUAUCUGAUUAUUGAUGAAGGGCACCGAUUGAAAAAUCACGAAUGUGCUCUUGCACGGACUCUCGUGUCAGGCUAUCGGAUUCGUCGGAGACUUCUGUUGACUGGUACCCCGAUCCAAAACAGCUUACAGGAGUUGUGGUCUCUUCUCAAUUUUCUUCUUCCAAACAUCUUUAAUUCAGUGGAGAAUUUCGAGGAGUGGUUUAAUGCCCCCUUUGCUGAUAAGUGCGACGUCUCUCUAACUGACGAAGAGGAGUUAUUGGUUAUUCGCCGGUUGCACCAUGUAAUAAGGCCAUUUAUAUUGAGGAGGAAGAAAGAUGAAGUGGAGAAAUUUCUUCCUGGGAAAACACAAGUUGUUCUUAAAUGUGAUAUGUCUGCUUGGCAGAAAGUAUACUACCAGCAGGUCACGGAUGUCGGGAGGGUUGGAUUGGAUUCUGGAACUGGGAAGUCUAAGAGCCUACAGAAUCUCACCAUGCAGCUAAGGAAAUGUUGUAAUCACCCAUAUCUAUUUGUGGGUGAUACUUCUUCGUAUUAUCGUAAGGAGGAGAUAGUCAGAGCAUCUGGAAAAUUUGAGCUUCUUGAUCGUUUACUACCCAAACUCCGCAGAGCAGGGCACAGGGUACUCCUCUUCUCACAAAUGACCCGCCUCAUGGACAUUCUUGAGGUCUAUCUGCAGCUUCAUGACUUUAAGUAUCUGGACUNUAGACUUGAUGGCUCAACCAAAACAGAGGAAAGAGGGACUUUGCUAAAGCAAUUUAAUGCUCCUGACUCACCUUACUUUAUGUUUCUUUUGAGUACUCGUGCCGGAGGACUCGGUCUGAAUUUGCAAACAGCAGAUACUGUGAUAAUAUUUGACAGUGACUGGAACCCUCAAAUGGACCAGCAAGCAGAAGAUAGGGCACAUCGGAUUGGGCAAAAGAAAGAAGUUAGGGUUUUUGUGUUAAUCAGUGUAGGAUCAAUUGAAGAGGUCAUAUUGGAACGUGCAAAACAGAAGAUGGGCAUUGAUGCUAAGGUCAUCCAGGCUGGAUUGUUCAAUACAACAUCUACAGCUCAAGAGAGGAGGGAGAUGUUGGAAGAGAUCAUGCGUAAAGGUACAAGCACCCUUGGAACAGAUGUGCCAAGCGAAAGA